CACCACUUUAUGUUUCUUUUCCUUUGACUCUUCAAGUUCAAGUCUUCACCUUUACAACCUCAAAUUUUGGGUCUUGUCCAUCACAACUAGUUGAAAAUUUCACAAAUUUAUAUUUAAGAUUAGCAACAAUUCAUAUAGUGGAUUAUUGGGUUUAAUCAAAAUGAAGAAGCAUCUUAUCUUGAAGCAUUCAAUCGCUCUUGUAACCAUUCUAGUAACCGUUUGCUGCAUUUUCAUCAUAACUGUAACAUUUUUCAAGCUUCCAGAAGCUCAAAACAAGACUAAUCAGAAAAUGGGGUUUGACCCAAUUACCAGAUCUAGAAAAAUUUCCUAUCAAGAUUUUAACUUGGGAAAGUUUGGUGAAAUGAUGAUUGAAAUGUUACCACAAGAUCUUGCUUUUACAGUUUUUGUUCCAUCCGAGGAAGCCUUUAAACGUGAUCUGCAUUUGAAUGUCAAUGAUAGUUUGAAACAAGACAAGUUUAAUGAUACAUAUGCAAUUGUGAGUCGUGUGUUGGGUUUCUCUGCUGUUCCUCGUACACUAUGUUCGGUUGAUUUAAGGUUUGGUGAGGUUUUGUCUUAUGAUUCUUUGUCUGGUUUUCCUUUGUAUGUUUCAAAAGAUGUUGAUGGAAUGUUUGUUGUUAAUAGGAUUAGGUCUGAAAUAAUUGAUGUUAGAAAAAAUGAGAUUGUUGUUCAUGUUUUGGAUGGGGUUAUUAUGGAUGCUGAUUUUGAACAAUCGGUUUCAUAUGAGGAUUAAAUGUAUUCAAGUUUUGUUCUUUAGUUUUAGAUCCAUCAUAUCUUGUGUUAUACGAUUGAGUUUAGUUUUAGCACUUCUGACUUGUACUUGUGCAUGUAAGAGUUUAUGUAAGAUUUUUCUUUAGAAGUAAAACCAAAAAGGUUUUCAUUUUCUCAUUGAAGAUGUUGAGAUAAGUGUUUCCUAAAUGGGU